CUUAAAAAGGCAAACUUCAGACACAAAAUAUGUUUCAGCUGGGAAAAAGAAAAGUUACGUAAAUGUUAUGUUUUUUUCAGACUACGUAUAUUAUCCUUGCUGUGUUCAGUCACAGGUCACAUCGUGGGAAAACCUUUCUUUUGGUCAGCCUCCUCCUGCAGGCGGGGUAACGUUCUCGCCAGUAGGGGCUUUUAUGUAAAUACGGAUAAGGAAUGUCUGCUUGACUUUAGACGUGUCUCAUAACAGCAGCGUGCUCUUGUUAUAACGUAAGACUGAUUUCUUUCCCCCCAGACUUAUGCCAGUAUUGGAGAAAUAACGGCUUUAGGAUACGAGAGUUUGUUAUACGCUGACGGUACGUUAUCAGAAAUGAAGAACAGUCAUCUAAACAUGGAUCGCUUUAAUCCAACAGAUGGAUGUAAGAAGAUUAAACGGAAGGUUCGGGAUUCUGUUAAACAUGAGGAAAAGAGUUCAGAUGACUUUAAAAAAAGCGAUGAAACAGUGGGAGCUUUGCUGGGAGAGGAUUAUGGAAAAGCACGUGAAAAAAAGUUACCGCAUUUUUAUGCAGCUGGAGAAUACGUACGCCAACCGGACAUUUUAAGUACUGCUCUUGAUAUGAAAAUGUACACUUUGCAAUCUGUGACUAAGGAUGAAACGGAAACCCCACUAUGGCCGAUUUCCGAGACACCAGUUAAAGACAGAAACGACACAGCAUCUAUGCAAGUUUCAGUUUUUGAAAAUCAGCAAACGUUUCCAACAAAUCUUUCUCCACAGUCGCGUAUUCUGUUAUGCAAACGCUCUGAAAGAUCGAUCUGCUCAACCCCCCGGGGUUUAUACCUUCAUAACAGUGUUGAACCAACCGAUUCACUAAGGAAACGAUCAGAAGAGAAGUCUGCUGGCGUAGUAACCGAAAUCAAAGCAAUUCAACAGACAAGAAGACUCCUGGCAAAUGCCAGAGAGAGGACCAGGGUGCAUACGAUCAGUGCAGCAUUUGAGGCUCUGCGCAAGCAGGUACCCUGCUACUCGUAUGGACAGAAGCUCUCCAAACUGGCCAUAUUAAGAAUUGCUUGCAACUAUAUACUGUCACUGGCUCAACUUGUAAAUCUGGACUAUACACCAGACCACAGCAACAUGAGCUUCAGAGAGUGUGUUGAACAGUGCACCAGAACCCUGCAGGCUGAAGGUCGGUCCAAGAAGAGAAAGGAAUAAAGUGAAGACUUUGGCAUAGAAGAAAGAUGAACUUCACCACAGAAUGGUAAACCAAGGCGUGUUCUGCACUGAGGCAUUUGAAGCCUGAUCUCUUGGAAUGUUCUACAAAGGUCAAAGCAUAUUCGGGAAACAUUUUUAACACAUAAUAAUAAUAAUUAUAAUAAUAAUAAUAAUAAUAAUAGUAGUAGUAGUAGUAGUAGUAUAGUAAUACUACAGUAACUACAGACAAUUGAGAUAUAAUGCUUUUAACAGAGCAAAUUUAUUAUAUUUCUGAUUCUAAAAUUAUCAAAUGGUAUUGUAAAUUUCCCAUUUGAUAUAUUGGAUAUAUUGGCAUUUAAUUUACUUAUUGGAUUUAAUUCACUUUUUUUUUUUAUUGAAACUGGUAAAAUCAGAUGGAUUUUAACACAUUCAUAAUAUGAAUUAUUAACAUAAAAUGUGUAAUGCCAUAAAAGAUCUUAUGGAUAAUCAAUAUGGAUAAUAAUUUGUAUUUAAUGUUUACUCCUCAAAAUAAAUACUAAAAUAAUU